CGCAUGCCGCUUCGUGGAGCACGACAGCUGUGUGUUGUGCUCAUGGUUGAGCCGGUGAAUCUGUAGUUUUUCUGUUAACUUGUGUAGUGCUCUUUUUUUAAUUUAAUUUGCAAGAAAUUAUGCCUUCAGAAAAGAGUGCUUUGAACAAUGCGCGUAGAGAUUCUUGGGGUGUUGAGCUGGGCGAUAUGGAUAAAAGAACUCGUUUUCAAGUGAACAGAGUUGAUGGCUCUUCUUCAAAAAAUGAAGAGGGCGACGAAUACGGUGAGAGCGACCCACUGCGUGGAGAAGGUGACGAUUCCAGAAGAGGUUCGCUUGAAAAUUAUCGGCCAACUUCACCUAACAUGCUGCUGUCUCAUACUUCUGACACAUCUGGAUACGACACGCGCUAUGCCAAAAGCUUUCGCCACUUCACGAGAGAAGCCCUGCCAAGACUUGAUAAUUACCGCAAUAUUAUGUCGAUACAGGCAGCAUACCGACCAACAUUAGAUGAACUUCACAAUGCAACGUUACAUGGACAUGGAAAGCCUUCAGCUCCACCCACCAGUCUCCCUGGCGAAAUGGAAGGGCAGGUCAAGUUCGGUUGGAUUCAAGGAGUACUGGUCCGGAAUCUCUUAAAUAUAUGGGGUGUUAUGCUCUUUUUGCGUCUCUCCUGGGUUGUUGGACAAGCGGGGAUUGGACAGGGCCUGCUGAUAAUAAUUUGUGCUAGUGUAGUAACUACACUAACAUCACUAUCUAUGUCAGCCAUUAGUACAAAUGGAAUUAUAAAAGGAGGUGGCACCUACUACAUGAUAUCACGAUCCUUGGGUCCUGAAUUUGGAGGAUCAAUAGGGUUAAUAUUCUCAUUAGCUAAUGCAGUUGCUUGUGCAAUGUAUGUUGUUGGAUUCUGUGAAUCCUUGGUUGGACUACUUAGUAUGCAUGGUGCCACUAUGGUGGAUGGCAGCCUAAAUGAUAUGCGUAUCAUUGGUGUUAUAACAAUAAUGUUACUACUCUGCAUUGUUGUGAUUGGAAUGGAAUGGGAGGCAAAGGCACAAAUGGUACUGCUUGUUAUUUUGCUGGUCGCCAUUGUCGAUUUUAUGAUAGGAACAUUUAUCGGACCACAGAACGAGGAGUCAAUUGCUAAAGGUUUUUUGGGAUAUAAUGCCUCACUGAUACAGGAGAACUUCUAUCCAGAUUAUAGAUACAGUGAAGGAAUGCAACAAAACUUUUUUUCGGUAUUUUCCGUUUUCUUCCCAGCAGCUACUGGAAUUUUGGCUGGUGCAAAUAUAUCAGGAGAUUUAAAGGACCCAGAAGGUGCAAUUCCAAAGGGAACACUUAUUUCUAUUUUAAUAACAAGUAUCUCCUAUUUGCUCAUGGCAUUUAUGGCAGGAGCCUGUGUUGCCCGUGAUGCAACAGGCAGUGUGGAAGAUUAUAUAAAUGGAACAUUUUUAAAUUGUACUGGCACUAAGUGUGCUUGGGGGUUACAAAACAGUUUUACAGUGAUGGAACUGGUUUCUGGUUUUGGACCUCUUAUUUAUGCUGGUUGCUUUGCCGCAACUUUGUCAUCUGCUCUGGCAAGUUUAGUCUCAGCUCCAAAAGUGUUUCAAGCUUUGUGUAAAGAUCAGUUGUAUCCUUACAUUACAUGGUUUGGAAGAGGAUAUGGAAAAAACAAUGAACCUGUUAGAGGAUAUGUGUUGACAUUUUUCAUUGCAAUAGCCUUUAUUCUUGUAGGAGAACUGAAUGCUAUAGCACCAUUGAUCUCCAACUUCUUUUUGGCAGCUUACGCUUUAAUAAACUUCAGUACAUUUCAUGCUUCACUUGCCAAACCUAUUGGGUGGAGGCCAAAAUUUAGGUACUACAACAUGUGGCUUAGCCUUCUGGGAGCUAUUCUGUGUGUGGGUGUCAUGUUUCUAAUUAGCUGGUGGACAGCGCUCAUAACACUUGCUUGUGUUAUGGCAUUGUACCUCAUAGUAUCAUAUCGAAGACCAGAAGUGAACUGGGGUUCUUCAACCCAAGCACAAACAUACAAGAAUGCCCUGCUUUCUGUACAGCAGCUGAACAAUGUUGAAGAACAUGUGAAGAAUUACAGGCCUCAGAUAUUGGUACUAUCUGCGAUGCCCAGUCAUCGACCACCUCUGAUAGACUUCGCGUACCUUAUGACAAAAAAUUUAUCUCUACUGAUGUGUGGUCAUAUCAUUCAGGAUGCCUUGAGUCAAAGAGUGCGUAAUGUGUUGACGUACAAAGCUCAUAAUUGGUUAAAAUCACAUAAAAUAAAAGCCUUCUACACACACAUUGAUGAAGUGAAGUUUGAAGAGGGAGCAAAAGCUUUACUGCAAUCUUCUGGAGUUGGGAAGCUGAAACCCAACAUCCUAUUGAUGGGUUAUAAGGCUGAUUGGACAGAAUGUGAUAGAAAUGAACUAGUGAUGUAUUUUAAUGUGAUACACAAGGCACUGGACAUGUACAUUGCAGUAGCCAUACUACGACUACAGGGUGGCUUAGAUUACUCAAAAGUGGUAGCUGAUGAAGAGGAUUUGUUGAAGAUGGCCAAUGGUGUAAAUUCAGAGAAAGGAGUAUCGAUAGUGCGUCAGAAUUCCCAAGAAAGUCUUCCUCGAAAUCAGUCUUUCCCUCAGAUUUCACAAGCAAGCAGUGCAAGUGACUUGUCUGUACCGCCAACACCCAAUCUGAAGAAGGGAAAAAUAAACACUAACCCUGAUGCCACAAAUGUUGGAGAUUCAUCAGUGGUAACAAUAGAUCACGAUGAUGAAAAUAAGAACAAAGCAGAAAGCGUGCGGGAAAAGAAGAAGAGAGAAUCAAAAGCUGAUCUUUACAGAGGUGCUGAUGGAAAUUCACUACCAAAAGAUGUGUUGAACAGUCUCACACAGUUUCAGAGGAACCAGAAGAAGGGCACAAUUGAUGUGUGGUGGCUGUAUGAUGAUGGAGGUCUCACUCUUCUACUGCCAUAUAUCAUUUCAACUCGAAGAAACUGGUCAGCAUGCAAGCUGAGAGUAUUUGCUUUAGCAAAUAAAAAGAGUGAACUUGAAUUUGAGCAGAGGAGCAUGGCAAGUUUGUUGGCAAAAUUUAGAAUUGAUUACUCUGAUUUAAAAGUAAUCCCAGAUAUAACCAAGAGGCCAAAGGACUCUACCAUUGCCUUCUUCGAAGACCUUAUCAGUAGUUUCAGAUUGCCUGAUAAUCAAGAGUGUGACAGUGGAGAUGGCAUUUCCAUUACUGAGGCAGAGCUUAUAGCGAUGACAGAUAAAACAAACCGGCAUCUUCGUCUACGGGAACUUGCGAUGGAAAACUCUCUUGAUGCUAACCUAGUUGUAAUGACUCUCCCAAUGCCGAGGAAAAAUGUGGUUUCUGCUGCACUGUACAUGGCAUGGUUGGAAGUACUUACCAGAGACAUGCCUCCAUUCCUGUUGGUCAGAGGAAAUCAGACCUCUGUGCUCACAUUUUACUCGUAGAAGUAUGCUGACAUUCCUUCUGUCUCUCUCAUGGACACAUCUUUCUGAAGAUUCAAGCUGAUUGCCCAAAAUAUUUGCAAGGCUCCUGGAUUAAUGAGAUAAAGUACUGAAAGUGAUGACAAUAUUUAUACUUUCAUUUACGUACAUUUUGGUGUCAGUCUUCCAUCAGUGACUCGAUUUUGUACUUGGGUAACAGUGAUGCUUAUGAAGGAGGCAACAGUAUUAAUUGCUGGAAUGUAACUUCUCUUGCUAUAAUUAGUACUACUUGUUGUUGUGGAAAUAUAUCUUUGAGUGUGGUUUAGUUAUGUGGUUGCUGUCCCUUAAGGGAUAACCACAUUAUCAUUUCUUAUGUAUGUGUAAUCAUUCCAGAUAGCAGGAUCUUUCAGCAUUUUUAAAAAUUUAGUUUUCAAAUUAGGUGAUAGGCAACAGUUACAUCAUAGGAUUUGAAAUCCUUCAUUUUAUAAAGGAAAAUAAAAAUGAAACUAUGGAUGAAAUAAUUAAUCUGUAAAAGAACGUAUUUAUUUUUGUAGGAAUGAAAACUGUGACACACGAAUCUCUGUAUGACUGAAAGUGUUACAGCAGCCUAAUGUACAGCACAUGCCAUAAGAUAAAUGUAUACUUCUUACUUUAAACUUAUUUAUACAUUAUAAUUGCAAGUUAAUUAUGUUGCUACAUCAUAUUUGUAUGUUAGUAGAGAAGAUGUACAAAGACAAUAAUUUUAGAACAUUUUAGUAUAUAUGAGUAGUCUCAUCUUCAUUGUGUUGUGAGGUGAGGAUUUAAUGGAGAAAGUAUUCUGAAUAGUUUACAAAAUAUUAACUUUUGAGGUAACUGUUUACUAUAAACAGUAGAACACAGUAUUAUUUUUUCAUUUAUUAUUCCGAACAUAUAUAUAAAUGGUUCUGGCUAAUAUUAAGUGUCUCAAAGAAAUGUGAGCAGACUAACAUGUUACAUUGUAAUAUUCUUCCAUCCAUUUUCUUGCACAAUGUCAUUCACCAGUGAAUUUUAACCUGUGGAAUGACCAAAAGUAUUUUUAUACAAAUGUUUAAAAAUGCCUUAUCUUAAAACUAUUUAUACAUUGUUGUGUGAAUCAUUCAUAUUUUGUAUAAUUUUGAAUAUAAUCUCUCUGUAUUUAACUUAUGGAGUUAUCACUGAAAAUUAGUUGUCAUGUCUUCAAAAUUCCUGCUAUUGAUAUAUGCUCUUCUGGUGCAUUGUAAAAUCUACAAAGCUUUAAAAGAACAUUUUGUUAUCAUUAAUAGCAUUAUCAUUUAUGUGUUAUAGAACACUAAAACUGGUGAUGGAACUCAGUAUACUAAGCUUUAAAUGAUAUGAGCAUGUUCACAAACUCAUAAGAUAAUUUGUGCAGGAUUUUAGCUAUAAUCCUGACAGAUUGCUGGGGGCACAGUAAGUGUCCAAUACAUUCCAAAUUUAUUCAUCACUUCAAGAAUGUCAUAGAUUGGUGUCUUACUAAUGAUAUUUUGUUAAGUAAUGAAAGAAGCAGUCGUAUGUUCAUCUAAAAACCACAAAUGGUGUGUAUUUAUCACAGUGAGUGCAUAACUAAUUGGUUAGAAUCAGAACCCUUAUCAUAUGAUAAGGGUAUUAAGUCUUAUGCUUUUUAUUAAACUGGAAAUCUUUCAGCUUAUAAAAUAGUAUAAUGUAUUUUCAAAUCCACAUUUACUUACACAUGCUGAAUGGAAGAGAAAAAGGUCAUUGUUGGUUGUGUGUGUGUGUGUGUGUGUGUGUGUGUGUGUGUGAAGCAACAUAUUAAAUGACAAAUAAAUUAUUUGCCAGCUUUUUGAUGAUUUAAGAUUUAUACUUGCUGAAUAAAACUCUGCAGCAUGUACAGAAGUAACAAAGGUUGUAAUUUUUUUCAGUUGUGUGCAUGUGAAUGUGCAAUUAAGUAUUCACUAUAGGCUGCAUACUUCCUUUUACUUGACAGUACAUAUAAUGAACACUGUAUUGAUAUAGUAACAUCGUUAUUCUUAAUUUCAUCCUUCUAGAGAGGUUAAUGUACUGUAACCAGCAGAAAAAAAUGUAAAUAUGCAGAAAAAGCAGACUGGUGCCAAGUAGUGUGUCAGUGAACUUCAUAAAAUGAAAGCAGAAAUGUAUAAGUUGAACUUUAUUUUUGUAAAUUUUCUGCAUUUGUCAGUUUAAUCUGUACUGUUAACAGAGUAUAAUAUAAGCUGUUGAUUUUCUAUGGUUAAUGUUCAAGGCAUCAUGAAUAAGUUUUAUGCUCCAUAUGAAAAAUUGAUUUUUAUAUUUUGACAUGUAUCAGGUUUAAUAGGGGCAAAUCUGCUCCCGACAGUUUACUAUGUACACACACCUUUAUUGCUUGCUGACACCAUUCUCUUUCUUGUUUACCCUACAGUAUUUUGCUGUGAGUUGUAUACCUUUGAUUCAUCGAGCAGUUCACUUGAUGGAAAUGCCAUAAAGUUUUUCAAUUGCUUGUCAGUAAUAUGUUAUAGAUUUUUUAUUUUUUUGACUUACAAAAUAAAUAUUUCCAUGUUUAAUAAAGGAAGAGCUGUUAGUUGGCUACAGUUUUCAAACAGUGAUACAACUUACACUGAUUGAAAUUAAUUUGUAUAAAAUCAGCUGUAUGCACAAUGUGCACAACCUGAUAAAAUAUUUAUCAGUGGGAAAGAAGUGUCUUUCUUUCUUUGACAUUGAACAUAUUGAAAUAUGUAACAUUCUGAUAAUUAUCAUAACAUGAAGAGUAGUGAGAACUGGACGUGUAUUACCAAGAAUAUUUUGAUAAAAUGACAUUGUAUCAAUAUAUGCUUAAAAUACAUGAGUUGUGACCUGUAUGUUUACUAAUAAUUACAACAUACCAAUUUUUAUUGUU